AUGAAACUAUAUCCCCAUAAAAACUUUACUCAUACAGUGAAAUGCAUGUUAGCUGCUCAUAUAUAUAAUUUUCGCGUUGAAUUAUGUGACGAUUUUAUUUAUACUCGAACUUUUGAUAUUGAAAAGAACUUAAUAAUAAAUAAAAAACCUUUAUUAUUAUAUGAUAAUAAAUUUGUUAGUUCUACAAAAGCCAUAUGCUUUUUAUUUCAUCGUUUAUGUAAUGAAAAUAAAUGUCUAGAUGACAAAAUUUAUUCCUAUUUAGCAUGGAUAGAAUGGAGUGAUCUAUUAGAAAAACAUAUUGAAUUAUUAAAUAAAAAGAAAAUUAUUGACAGCUUAGAUGAAUUAGAAGCAUAUUUAAAUGAUAAUAAGAGUAAAAAUUUUAUAUGUAGUACUAAAGGGGAAAAUAAAAUAUCUCUGGCAGAUAUAUUUGUGUAUACAUCAUUAAAACAUUCUAAUAUUCAUAUAUGCAAAGAAAGUUGGGUAAAUAUAAGUAACUACAUAGAAAAAAUAAAUAAAUUAGAGGAUAUACAAAUUAUUAUAAAGAAUGUUCAAGAGAUAUAUAAAUUUAAAAAUAUAUACAGUAUAUUCGUUUCUAAAAUGCAUGAUUUAGAUUUAAAUAAAUAUUUAAAAAAAGAAAGGUUUUAUAUAACAACUGCUAUUAAUUAUGUAAAUGGAGACCCACAUAUAGGACAUGCAUAUGAAAUAGUUUUAGCUGAUGUCAUUGCAAGAUAUCACAGAAAUAUAGGAAGAUGCACUUUUUUUACUAGUGGUGCUGAUGAACACGGAAUUAAAAUAGCUAAUCAAGCAAAAAAAAAUAAUUUAACUCCUCAGGAGCUAUGUGACAAAAAUGUUUUAAAAUUUCAAAAAUUAAAUGAUAUUUUAAAUAUAACAUUAGAUUAUUAUGUCAGAACAACAAGUAAUACUCAUAAAGAUGUAGUUAAAACUGUUUGGAAUACUUGUGCAAAAAAUGGAGAUAUAUACUUGGGUGAGUAUGAAGGAUGGUAUAAUAUUAGAGAAGAAACAUAUGUACCUGAAAAUGAAGCAAAAUUAAUGAAUUAUAUGGACCCAUUAAAUAAUGUUAAAUUGGAAAAAAUGAAAGAACCAUCAUAUUUUUUUAAAAUGUCUAAAUAUCAGAAGAAAUUAAUAGAACAUAUAAACAAUAAUCCUGAUUUUAUUCAACCAGAGCAGAAAAGAAAUGAAAUAUUGCAAAGAUUAAAAGAACCUUUAAAUGAUUUAUCUUGCAGUAGAAUCAACUUUUCAUGGGGAAUUUCUAUUCCUAAUGAUCCAAAACACGUUAUGUAUGUAUGGAUGGAUGCUUUAUUAAAUUAUUAUUCCAAUUGUUUCAUUGACAAGGAAAAAGAAAUAUUCUGGCCAGCCGAUGUUCAUGUUAUUGGUAAAGACAUCACAUGGUUUCACUCAGUAAUUUUUCCUUCUAUUUUAAUGUCAGCUAAUUUAAAAUUACCUAAAAGUAUUUUUUCUCAUGGAUUUGUUUUGGCAGCAGAUGGAAAGAAAAUGUCUAAAUCGUUAGGUAAUGUUAUAGAUCCUUUUGAAAUUAUUGAAACAUAUGGAUCUGAUGCCUUUCGUUUUCAUAUAAUUAAAGAAACAAAACGAGGUUGCGAUAUGAGAUUUGAUAUCGAUAAUUUAAUUGAUAUGUGCAAUUCUGACUUAGCAGAUACUAUAGGAAAUUUAGUUCAGAGGACUUUAUCAUUGUGCCAAUCAUCUAAUAAUUCCCAAAUUCCUCCUUUUUUUUCAGAAUAUAAUAUUGAUUUACCAUUUAACCUUUUAUAUUUUAUCAACAGAGUAGAGUAUCAUAUGAGAAAUUUGUGCGUACAAAAAUGUUGCGAAAAAACUGUUAAUGUCUGCAAAGACUUAAAUAAAUACCUUACUGAUUUAGCUCCUUGGAAAUGUAAACAAGAAGAGAAAAAUAAAAAAUUGCACAUUAUUAGAAUUAUGUUAGAAUCUAUUUAUUUUAUAGCACAUUAUUUAGAUAUAUUUGUUCCAUCAAUUGCUUCCCAAAUAUUUAAAAAAUUAAAUAGUCCAAAAAAAAAAAUUGCUGAUUUAUCUCCAUGGCUAAACAAUUUAAAAGAAGGAAUUGUCAUAAACAACGAAAAUAUUUUAUUUAAAAAAUUUGAAGUAGCAACAGCCAAGAUAAAAAUGCAAAAAGUUAUUAUGAGAGUUUGUAAAAUAAUUAAUAUCAUAAAAGUUGAAGAAUUGAACAAUGUAACUAUUUGUGAUUUAGAAGUAGAUGAAGAAAAAUUCGUCGCUGUCUUAUAUCUUCCUUACAAUAAGAAUUUUAUAAAUACAUUAACAGUCGCAUUACUCAAUAUUAAGCCUAUACCAAUAAAUAAUUUUACAGUUAAUGCCAUUAUUCCACAUGUUAAUAAAGAAAUUUUUACAUUUUCAUUAAAGGAAAAUAUUCCUACAGGUACCUUAAUACAAGCUAAAAAUUAUCAAACCCUUGUUAAACAAAGAGAUAAUUUAACGAAAAAAGAAGUGAAUGCUUUAAACCUUUCUAUCAUUAAAAAUAAUUGUUUUUUUGAAAAAAAUAUUCCAUUAGUUUUUGCAUUCUCAGAUGAUAAACCUUUAUAUCAUUCAACUCAAAAUAAUGGAUCACUAAAAUUUUUUUAA